AGUUCUCUUCAGCUCCUUCCACUGCCAUGAAGAUCGCAGUGAUUGGGCAGAGCCUGUUUGGCCAGGAGGUCUACUGCCACCUGAGGAAGGAGGGCCACGAGGUGGUGGGCGUGUUCACCAUCCCAGACAAAGAUGGGAAGGCAGACCCCCUGGGUCUGGAGGCUGAGAAGGAUGGAGUGCCGGUGUUCAAAUUCCCCCGCUGGCGGGCACGAGGACAGGCUCUUCCUGAUGUAGUGGCCAAGUACCAGGCUUUGGGUGCUGAGCUCAACGUCCUGCCCUUCUGCAGCCAGUUCAUCCCCAUGGAGGUGAUCAAUGCCCCCCGUCAUGGCUCCAUCAUCUACCACCCAUCUCUACUGCCCAGGCAUAGAGGGGCUUCUGCCAUCAACUGGACCCUUAUUCAUGGAGAUAAGAAAGGGGGCUUUACCAUCUUCUGGGCCGAUGAUGGUCUGGACACGGGGGAUCUUCUACUCCAGAAGGAGUGUGAGGUGCUCCCCGAUGACACCGUGAGCACCUUGUACAACCGCUUCCUCUUUCCCGAAGGCGUCAAAGGGAUGGUGCAGGCUGUGAGGCUGAUCGCCGAGGGCAAAGCCCCCCGAUUCCCUCAGCCUGAGGAAGGAGCUACCUAUGAAGGAAUUCAGAAGAAGGAAACAGCCAAGAUCGACUGGGCGCAGCCAGCAGAGGCCAUUCACAACUGGAUCCGAGGGAAUGACAAGGUGCCGGGUGCCUGGACGGAGGCCUGUGGACAGAAGCUGACGUUUUUCAACUCAACACUGAACACGGCAGGCCUGGUGCCUGACGGAGAAGCCUUGCCCAUCCCGGGAGCCCAUCGGCCAGGCGUGGUCACUAAAGCAGGACUCAUCCUGUUUGGGAAUGAUGACAGAAUGGUAAUGGGAUCACUAUAGUCACUCGAUUGUAGCGUGGGUUCAGGGUCACCCCUCUUCAGGAAUGGGACUUUUGGGCCCCACAGGGAGGCCCCGGGCUUCUCUGGGGAAAAAAUAGGAACCAGUAGGGCUAUAAGGAGUGCUUGGAAGAGGAUCCUCUCCAACGUGCCAGAAAUCGAAGACACCACAGAUUUCUUUAAGUCGGGGGCUGCAUCUGUGGACGUUGUGAGGCUGGUGGAGGAAGUGAAGGAGCUGUGUGACGGCCUGGAGUUGGAAAAUGAAGAUGUUUACAUGGCCACUACCUUUGGGGCCUUCAUCCAGCUCCUGGUCAGGAAGCUGCGGGGAGAGGAUGAGGAGAGCGAGUGCGUCAUCGACUAUGUAGAGUGUGCUGUGAACAAGCUGACUCUCCAAAUGCCCCACCAGCUCUUCAUCGGGGGCACGUUUGUGGAUGCCGAGGGCAACAAGACCUAUGAUACCAUCAACCCCACUGACGGAAGUGUCAUCUGCCAGGUGUCCCUGGCUCAGGCCAGUGAUGUUGACAAGGCAGUGGCUGCAGCGAAGGAGGCCUUUGAGAAUGGACUGUGGGGGAAGAUCAACGCCAGGGACCGGGGCCGGCUCCUAUACAGGUUGGCAGAUCUCAUGGAGCAGCACCAGGAAGAGUUGGCCACCAUCGAGGCCCUGGAUGCAGGUGCUGUCUACACACUGGCCCUGAAGACCCACGUGGGCAUGUCCAUCCAAACCUUCCGCUACUUUGCCGGCUGGUGCGACAAGAUCCAGGGCUCCACCAUCCCCAUUAACCAGGCCAGACCCAACCGCAACCUGACCUUGACCAGGAAGGAGCCUAUCGGGGUCUGUGGCAUUGUCAUCCCGUGGAACUACCCCCUCAUGAUGCUGUCCUGGAAGACAGCGGCCUGCCUGGCAGCGGGGAACACGGUGGUGAUCAAGCCAGCCCAGGUAACCCCACUCACAGCCUUGAAGUUUGCAGAGCUGACAUUGAAGGCUGGCAUUCCUAAGGGCGUGAUCAACAUCCUUCCUGGAUCUGGCUCGCCCACUGGCCAGAGACUCUUAGAUCACCCCGAUGUGAGGAAAAUUGGGUUCACGGGCUCCACCGAGGUGGGAAAGCACAUCAUGAAAAGCUGCGCCCUGAGCAAUGUGAAGAAGGUCUCCCUGGAGCUGGGCGGGAAGUCACCCCUCAUCAUCUUUGCGGAUUGUGACCUAGGCAAGGCUGUGCAGAUGGGGAUGAGCUCCGUGUUCUUCAACAAAGGGGAGAACUGCAUUGCGGCCGGGCGGCUCUUCGUGGAGGACUCCAUCCAUGACGAGUUUGUGCGGAAGGUGGUGGAGGAGGUUGGAAAGAUGAAGAUCGGCAAUCCCCUGGACAGGGACACCAACCACGGGCCACAGAACCACCAGGCCCACCUGAGGAAGCUGGUGGAAUACUGCCAGCGUGGCGUGGAGGAAGGGGCCACGCUGGUCUGCGGAGGGAAACAACUCCCUCGCCCAGGCUUCUUCUUUGAGCCAACUGUGUUCACGGAUGUGGGGGACCACAUGUUCAUUGCCAAGGAGGAGUCCUUUGGGCCCAUCAUGAUCAUCUCUCGGUUCGCUGACGGGGACAUGGACACUGUGCUGUCACGGGCCAACGCCACGGAGUUCGGCCUGGCCUCUGGCGUUUUCACCCGGGACAUCAACAAGGCCCUCUAUGUCAGCGACAGGCUCCAGGCAGGCACUGUGUUUGUCAACACCUACAACAAGACCGAUGUGGCUGCUCCCUUUGGAGGAUUCAAGCAGUCUGGAUUUGGCAAAGACCUAGGUGAGGCCGCCCUGAAUGAGUAUCUCCGCAUCAAGACGGUGACUAUUGAAUACUAGUGCCAGGGCUCCAUGAGAGGAAAGGCCUCAGCCACACACCCGCUCCACGCCUGCUACCUUCACACCCCAGCCCAGUGUGCACCGCCACUGCGUGGGCACGGGAGGCUUCUGCCAGCACUGUGUUGGGACAGACGGGCCGAAUGAGGAGUGGUCCCAGGGCAAAUAAAGACUUGGAGCAGA